UGGUCCUGCCCUCCCUUGGGUCAGCACCGCCUCCUGUGUUUCAGGUGUCUCUGGCUGUGCCCUGUGGUGUACUUACGUCCUGAUUUUGUGGGAGGCUGGCUCCUCUGCUCCAGUGGCUGCCUUCCUGGAGGAGACCAGCUUGUUUGCCACCUCUCCUGAUGCCCAGAGCAGCGGCCCACUCGGGAAGUCCUGCUUCCUCACCUCGCUGUCUGCCCUUCCCCACAGGUGGUUUUCUGUCAGUGCCGACAUCUCCCCAGCUAGGAGACCCUCAGAGGUGCACAGUGGCUGCCUCUGGGGAAUGAUGGCUGCGUGAGCGCCCGCCAUGCCCCACGAGAAGAGUCUACCAUGGCCCACCAGAGGCGUCUACCAUUGCCCACCGGAAGCAGCUACCAUGACCCACCAGAAGCGUGAGAGCGCGGGGAGCAGCAUGUUGGACCACAGGGCAAGACCGGGUCCUGUCCCCCACCACCAGGAGCCCGAGAGCGAGGACGUGGAGCUGCCCUUGGAGGGCUAUGUGCCCGAGGGCCUGGAGCUGGUCGCCCUGAGGCCAGAGAACCCCACGCCUAAGGAGCAGGAGUGCCAAAACCACAGCCCCGAUAGGGAUUCCAGUUCCGACUACAUAAACACCUCUGAGGAGGAGGACUAUGACGAGGGCCUCCCUGAGGAGGAGAAGGAGGGCAUCCCCUACUACAUCCGCCACUGCCCUGAGGAUGACAGCUACCUGGAGGGCAUGGACUGCAACGGGGAGGAGUACCUGGCCCACGGCGCGCAUCCUGUGGACACUGACGGGUGCCAGGAUGCAGUGGAGUGGACAGCCUGGGCGGGCCUGCACCCCCAUGGUCACGGGGCUAAAGGCAGCCAGGACUACCCAGAUAGCCAACUGCCCAUCCCGGAGGAUGAGCCCUCCGUCCUGGAGGCCCAUGACCAGGAAGAAGACAGUCACUACUGUCCCAGCAAAGAGGGCUGCCAGGACUACUACCCUGAGGAGGCCAACGGGAACACCAGCGCUUCCCCCUACCGCCUGAGGCGCGGGGACGGGGACCUGGAGGACCAGGAGGAGGACAUCGACCAGAUCAUGGCAGAGAUCAAGAUAAGCCUGAGGAUGACCAGCAUCACCAGCACCAGUGAGGCCAGCCCCGAGCAUGGGCCAGAGCCAGGGCCUGCGGACUCUGCAGAGGCCUGCCCACCCAUCAAGGCCAGCUGCAGCCCCAGCAGGCACGAGGCGAGGCCCAAGUCGCUGAACCUCCUUCCCGAGGCCAAGCACCCCGGAGACCCCCAGAGAGGCUUCAAGCCCAAGACCAGGACCCCAGAAGAGAGGCUGAAGUGGCCCCACGAGCAGGCAGUGGGGCCUCAUCCACAACCCUGGAAAAGAACUGGAAAGCGUUGCUCAGCCAGGCCGCGGGGAAGGGUCGGCGCGGACGGAGCUCGGGGCAUGUGGGACCCUCGCGCCUUCGAGCGGCGCUGGCGGGCGGAGUUCCCUGGGGCGGAGGCGCCGGUCCCGAGGCUGGAGUCGGCGCGGGACGCGGAGCAGGAGCUGGAGCGCUGCAGACUCAACCUGGAGCAGCUGCAACAGGUGCUGGCGGAGGAGCAGCUCAAAGCCUCCCUCCUGCAGGCCGUGCUGGCCGGGGGCGGCGGCGGAGACUCCGGGGACCCCGGGCGCCCCCACCCCGAGGCUGAGUCUCCCGGCGCGGACCUGCCCGCCGGGCCGGCGGCCGGAGAAGCGGGCGGGGGAAGGAGCUGGGCCGACGCCGUCCACCAGCAGCUCCUGCAGCCCCAGCUGCAGUUCCGAGCCCGGGAGGACGACGCGCCCCUCGGGGACCCCCACGCGGCUCCUGGUACGGACGAGGGGGGCGACGGCAGCGACCACGACUUGGAGAUGGUGGAUUUCAACGAGAAGUUCGUUCUCGGCUGCUGGCUGGUGGCCCCUUACCGGUUCGGGACCCGCGAGGAGGCGGAGAGGCCGGGGCGGACGUGCAGCCCCCACCGCUGGAUGCACCUGAUCCCUGGGGGGCGGCGGCCGCAGCGGGGGACCCGCGACCUGGAGCAGCCGGAGGCCAAGGACCGCCCGGGCUCGCCCCUCGCCGCGGAGGAGACCCCCAGGCGCGAGUACCUCCCACCGUGGAGGCACCAGAGGUUCCUGCCGGUGCCCGAGCGGGACUCGCCCGGCCACAGCUCGCCGGAGAGAGACAGCGACGGCAGACGGCACAGCUCAGACCGAGAGGAUGGCUUCUCCGCAGGCUGCUCUGUGUUUUGGGGCCACAUGCAAACUUCAGGGAAUGUCCAUGGCCCUCACCAGCGCUCUUUGCGGACUCGUCCUCUUAGAAGGCGGCGCCCAGCCUCUUGGCUUUCUAGGGGUCUGGGAGUAAGAGAGGAAGGGGAAGGCUUAGGCCCAUCUAGUUUUCCAGCUGGCCUGGUGCCCAGAGAUCAUGUCUAGUCCAGCGUCUUCAUUUGAUAGAAGAGGAAACUGAAGCUCAGAAGGAUUAAGUGCUCGUUGGGGUGAGCUGAGACCUUCACCGAGUCUCCUGUCAUCUCUCUCCCCUCACA